AUGAACUCCCGACAGCGCACGCAGUCGCCUAUCGUGACGGGUACGUCGGUGAUUGCACUUAAGUACAAGAGUGGUGUGAUGAUGGCGGCGGAUACACUGGGCUCGUACGGGUCGCUAGCGCGCUUCACGGACCAGCGCCGGCUCACCGCCGUGCACAACACGACGCUGCUGGGCGCCGGCGGCGACUUUAGCGACUUCCAGUUCAUCAAGGACAAGAUGGACGAGCUUGAGGUGUACGACUUUAACGAGGACGACGGAUGUGACACCACAGCGCCCGAGAUCUAUCACUACCUGCAGCGCCUGCUCUACCACCGCCGCAACAAGUUUGACCCACUUUGGAACACCGUCGUGGUGGGUGGCCUCAACCCGGAGACGGGUAAGCCCUUCUUGGGUCAGAUUACCAUGAUUGGUUUGGCUUUUGAGGGCGACUACGUUGCUACGGGCUUCGGCCACCACCUAGGAAUGCCUCUGCUGCGAAAGCACUGGCGACCCAACAUGGAGGAGGCUGAUGCGCGCAAUCUGCUUGAGGACUGCAUGCGCGUAUGCUUCUACCGUGACUGCCGCACAAUUAACCGCGUGCAGUUCGCUAAGGUCGAGGCUGACGGCAUCACCAUCCCGGAACCUAUCAAGAUGGACACCAAAUGGGACUACUCGCAGUUCGUCAAGACUAAGUCGGAGGUCGGGUCCUCGUGGUAA